AUGGUUGCCUGGCAGUUGGUUGUAAUGCAUUUAUACAUAACAGCAUCGCAGUGGUUCAGUGUAACACCAGAAAAUACUACUGCCAUAGAGGGCGAUCCAUGGGCUAUGUUUGAAUGCACUGUAUCUGACAAGGAAGGAUCUCUAUAUUGGAAGAAAGGCAGUUUGAUCAUUUAUGACGAAAAGGAUGGAGUUGCUGUGGAUCCAGAGAAACAUAGUGUAUCCGGUGAUACAAGUAAUGGGCAAUAUGACUUAACAAUUUAUGACAUCGUGAAAAAUGAUGACGACAGUUAUACAUGUGAAGUGUCUGGUGUGGUCAUUCCUAGUGAUGCAAUACAGGCUACAGCAUACCUUACUGUAUAUUCUUCACCUGAAAAAGUUGUCAUUAUAGUACCAGAUACAGUGACAGAACGUGACACAAACGUUGAAAUGAUGUGUGUUACACAUGACCCAAGAAACGUUACAUAUUCUUGGUUUAAAGAUGGCAUCAUUCUGAAACCACUGGAUAGCAAUCUUAUAAUGAGUGAUGAAAUUCCUAUGCUAGUCAUCAAAACAGUGUUGAGAUCACAUAGCGGUUACUAUACAUGCAUGGCGAGCAACAUAGCAGGGAGCCAAACAAGUGAAGAAGAAUUUCUUGAGGUUUACUUUCAAGCUUGGUCAGUGUCAUUAAGUGGUCCUGGUGAAACAACAAAAACAGGUGAAGCAUUGCGUAUGACGUGUAUUACAAACGGCAGCAAUCAUGAAACGCAUUUGAACUGGUACAAAGACAGACGCCCGUUACAAGAAGACGAAUAUGAGUCACUUGGACCUGAAAAUGAAUAUGAUGGUGCAUUCUAUGGUACGAUAACAACACAGGAUCUACACAUCGCAGUCCAAGCAGAACAUAACUGUGCAUCUUAUCAAUGUGAAGGCAAUAACACACAGUUCACUGACACUAUUUUAUCCAAUGAGGAGACAUUAUAUGUUUAUUAUCCUCCAAUCAUUGAGAACAGGAUUACUAACAGCAGAUGUGCGGCUAAUUUGACUGGACAAGUUAAUAUGAUAUGUGAAAUAAACAGCAAUCCAGAAUCAGUCCUCACAUGGUUAGAUCAGUUCAACGAAACACUAAGCAACGACACAGGCAAAAUGAUCAUCCGUGAACAAAACGAAACUGUUCUUAAAACGAGCAUCUUGACAAUAAUGAGUGUAGAAGAGUCUGAUUUCGGGGAGUAUUAUUGUGUAGCGAGAAACUAUAUUGGUAGUGUUAUUCAUACUGUUCUAUUUUCAGAAAUAUCUUCACCAGACAGCGUAACUGACGUUCGCGUAAUUAAUAAAACGGACACAUCCAUCUCUUUAACAUGGAUACCUGGGUUCAAUGGCGGAGAACAACAAGUAUUUUACAUCGCGUAUAAAGAAUCUUUGGAACACAAUACUGAGUAUACAGCAUAUACAACUAACCCAUUCGACACGAUUUUCAAUUUAAAACCAUCCACAGAAUACCCUAUUAUAGUUGUCAGUAAAAACAAAAUCGGCGAAACGCGAAGUGAAUCAAUAGUCGAAUCAACGCUAUGUGGGAUGAUUGAUGAAAGUUCUGCCGACUGUGCAUUCUUAGGGGUACUUAUGUUAAUUAGUGUAGUAAUUGCCGGCUCAGUUGUAAUUAUUGUAUUCGUACUACAUCGCCACAAACGACGGGCCGAUGGGAGUGACAGCAAAGAUGAUGUAAAACAUUUUGAAGCAAGAGAUGACAGCAUUUAUACUGACUUAGAGGACAUGUCACUGAAGCCAAUAGUAGAGUACGAAAGUCUCGUCAAAACAAGAACUAAACAAGAUUUGGUCGACAAGAAUGAUACAGAUACACUCCUAAUGGAAAUUGAAAUCAUGAAACGAACCGCAGAAUGUGAGCACCUUGUUGCAAUGAUGUAUUGCAACAUUAAAACAGAACCAUACUUCAUGGCGCUAGAAUAUCCAGUGAAUGGACUUGUCAGUGAAUACAUGGCGGAUGCAAAUGCUGGAAUAUCUGAGACAAGCCUCGUUGAAUUAACAUCGAUUGCUAGAGACGUUUCAAGUGGUAUGUCAUUUCUGGAAAGAAAAGAGUGUGUUAUUCGCAUAAUUACACUAAACAACAUAUACAUCGAUAGACAAAAACGAAGUAAAAUAUUUGAUUUAGGAUUUUCGUCUUCUGUUAUGGACAUGGUGACGUUCAAGGCCAAUACUAAGGGAUGUUUGCCUAUAAAGUGGUUAUCACUGGAGUCUGUAUUGGAUCAAAUAUUUACAAGCAAAAGUGAUGUAUGGUCAUAUGGUGUUGUUUUGUGGGAGAUAUUCUCACUGGGAGACAAACCGUUCCCAAAUAUAUCCGGCAAUGAUUUCAUACGCAGAGUGCAACGAGGUCUAAGAUUAAAACAACCAAAAGAAAGUGAUAGUGAAAUCUACAAUAUUAUGAUGCGGUGCUGGGCAGAAGAUCCCUCUAAACGUCCAACAUUUGAUGUUAUUGAAAUGCAACUUGAAAACAAAGUUAAUAAAAUCCAUGAGGGAUACCAUCAUCUACCGAAAGAAAGAAAUACAACUGGUACUAAUGUUUAA